AGGGGCUUUUACUUUGAAAUCAGCUUUCCCAGACGCUCGCGUGGAGCAGCGCGUUCCCCCGGGGGAGGCUGGGCUCGCGACAGCAUGUCGAUCAAUGUUUAGUUUGCAGUGAAGGAAGUGAACGUAUGGUGAUGUGACCUGUACUGUAUGCAACUUUUUAAACAAAGCAAACUGCGUUUAGUUAACUGUGGAGAGGUUUUUCAAAGUAAAGUGACUGAGUGAGUCGCGCGCGGCUGCAACUUCAGGACCACCGGCUGUCCAGUGCUCGUGCGGAGAUCGACCGACCUCGGGACGGAUGUCUCAGCGAUAAAUGACUUUAAAGAGGCUGGAGUGGCAUGCUCUCGAGCGGGGAUAUGAACCAUGGCCUGGCGAGCGUGGUCAAAACUCUGCUGUGGUCACAAAUGGCUGCUCCUUCUCUCCCCCAUCUUCCUCCUCUUCCUCACGAUCUCUGUUAUGACGAUGACUCUCCCUCUUCCUAUGCCGCCCGCCGACAUUGACCGGCGGUCGUCUCGAGCCCUGAGCUCAGCGGGGGAGUUCGGCUCCAGGCCCAGGGUCAUGGAGCUCCCUCCAGUCGCUGCCUCGCAGCAGCUGCUCGCUCACAUCUGGAAAUCCAGCACUCAUAAAGAGACUUCUAAACAUUCAGUGGCACCUAAACCUUUCGGGGAUGCUGCUGGCGAUGACAAAAACAGCAUCAAAGAGAGAAGUCAUGCAGACUUGCGCAGAAAUAAACGCAAAACCAAAAGCAUUGCUUCCAAAAGAAAACAAAUGGCAGGCACCAUCCAGCACUCAACCAGUCAUCAGCGUCCCCAUCUCCCAGAGUUUACAGUCCACAACAAGGGGCCAAAGCAUAGAAUUAAGCCAGGCAACCACAGUGCUGUGGUAGAGCACACUGCACAGGCAUACAUUCAUCUUGAAAGAAGAAAAUACACAGCAGCACAUAUCCCCGCUCCAGCAGAUACCCUAAUAAGUGACAGACGAGCUGCAGACAGACAGGCAGGCAGAUGGGAGGAUAGACAUACAAACAGGAAUGCAGACACACAAAUACAUGGCAGCCAUACAACUGUGAAGCUAGCUGAACAUCACCAGGCUUUGGAAAAACACAGACAGCACUCUGGGAAAUCUGACAAUGUUGGUAAGGAGCAACAGGCUGUGAAAAAGCCCUCCAAGGAUCUCAAAAAACACCAUAAUCUCUCAGACGAUCCCUCUGAAGCGAAGAAGAAUCCUGGGCCAUUGGGCCGUAGAAAGGCUUUGUCCAAAGCUGAGGCAGCCAUAAAGAAAGUUGACAGCGGCUGGUGUCGGAGCUUUACAGAGCAGGACUUCCCAGACAGUGACCACAGGAGGAUCAGGAUUAGUCCAGAUCUCCGUUCUCUCCCUUGGCUCAGCGAGGAUGACAUCCAGAAGAUGGUGCUCCUCUCUGGGGCCAAGCUGGUCAAUAAGGCCAGGGUGCCCGCACAUGGACAGGUUCUCCAGGUGGCGCUGGAUCCUCCUGCACACCAGCAGGAGCAAUCACCAAAGAGGGAUUCAGGUCAGCAUGGACCUGGCCACAGACACCCAGAAACCCACGGUGAACGCUGCCAGCAGGGGCACUGCUCCCUGAUCAAACGCACUGAUGACUGGUUUGAAGUGUUUGCCUUCCACCUGGACAGGGUGCUGGGACUCAACAGAAGUCUCCCUGCGGUGCUGAGGACUUUCCACAGUGAGAUUUUACCGUAUCGAUACAUCAGCGGCACCCCCAGACCUGUAGUGUGGUGGGAUCCAGACAUUCAGCACCUGGCUGAUAGAGACAACGACCAGAACUCAGUACCGCUCAGCUGGGUCCAGUACCAGAAGCUGCUGCAGGUGCACUGUGGGAGAGAAACAGACCUGAGGUCAGCGCCCUGUGUGGGAGUUCACCACUCGGAGUGGGGGAGACUGGCUCUCUUUGACUUCUUAUUACAGGUCAACGACCGGCUGGACCGGUACUGCUGCGGUUUCACACCUGAUCCAACAGAACUCUGCGUGGAGAACCUGCUGCACGGCAAGUGUGGCAACACGAAGGACCUGCUGCUGGUUCACAUCCUGGUGAGGAAGGCAGAUCCCUCCAGACUGGUGUUCAUAGACAACGCUGGCAGGCCACAACAGGCCAAUAACAACCUCAACUUCAGGCUGGUUGAGGGCAUUGAUGAGAAUCUUGGGAAGGUGGAGAGGAUAUCAACAUUUCUACCUGGGUCAUCAACAAGCUUCUGAAAGGUCUCUCUCCUCUUGUGCCGGUCCAGGUCACACAGACAACCAGGUACAACACGCUGCGGCGCGUUUUUGUGAGCUUGCAUGUGAAGUGUUGUUAGACAGUCAUUGAAGUUGGAAUGGUUUAAGUUAGUGACUAACGGUAAGCUAGUCAGUCCGGACAACAAACUAGGCUUUGUAAAUAAAUUCUCUGUAGAUUUAUUGUUCGUACUCCAACCGACAAAGUGCAACGCGUUUCUUCUGUGGGCGGAGUUUAAUUCCAUCUACACCAGAGAGGGUUUGCUCACACUGAUGUUAGCAACUCUGUGAAAUAACUCCAACACUGAACAACAUUUAACUCAGAAAGUGUUAAAAUGUUUAACCCUGAAAUUCCAACACUUCAAUUAUUGCUGGAUACAGUCAGAAGGCUCCCUUGUUUGGGCAUUCACUGUAGAGCCACGUUCAGCCACUGGGGCUCCCUCAAUACAUUCAUCUUUAAUGGAGCCCUGGUGAAGCUCCUGAUGGCGUGGGAUGUCUUCUUUGUCUCCUCACACAGUGCAGCUCAGCAGCAGUGCACUCACUGUUGCCACUGGUGGCAGUAAGAUGUAUUGCAGGAAAACUACAGACCACUGAUUCCCAACCAGGGGUUCUUGUAGCCCAGUGGGUACCUGUAGCCCAGUGGGUACCUGUAGCUCAGUGGGUAGCCCAGUGGGUACUUGUAGCCCAGUGGGUACCUGUAGCUCAGUGGGUAGCCCAGUGGGUACCUGUAGCCCAGUGGGUACCUAUAGCCCAGUGGGUAGCACCGUGGGUACCUGUAGCUCAGUGGGUAGCCCAGUGGGUACCUGUAGCCCAGUGGGUACUUGUAGCCCAGUGGGUAGCCCAGUGGGUACCUGUAGCCCAGUGGGUACUUGUAGCCCAGUGGGUACUUGUAGCUCAGUGGGUAGCCCAGUGGGUACCUGUAGCCCAGUGGGUACCUGUAGCUCAGUGGGUACCUGUAGCCCAGUGGGUACCUGUAGCUCAGUGGGUACCUGUAGCUCAGUGGGUAGCCCAGUGGGUACCUGUAGCUCAGUGGGUACCUGUAGCUCAGUGGGUACCUGUAGCUCAGUGGGUACUGCGGGUGCCGUAUUGGAGAGAUUGCAGAGUAGCUCAACUAAUUUGAAACAAAACUGACUGAAUGUUUUUAUUAAAAAAAAUACAUCCACAUUUUGAGCUAUAAUUAAUUUAGGUGUUAUUACAAUUAAGAGUGUGUGGUAGCUAAUUUGCAAGCAAGCAGAGGAGAUGAAACCGUUAUCUAAAAGUCAUGGAUACACGGUUGCAACGUGCAGCUUUUGCCACUCCAUGUGACUGUAGCACAAUGCCAACUCGACCACACUAAACAAAACAGUUCGAGUUCAACUGCAUAGAAAUAUUGUAAUAUCCACUUUUAUAUCCACUUUAAUAUGAUUAGUAGUUAAAUAACAUCCAGUUUGAAAUGAAUUGUUGAUGAAGGGGUACUUGAGAAAGACAGCUGGACCACAAAAUCACCAGAUCACACAGGAAGUAGUGGCAGCUACAGGGAGAGCUUGGCAUAGCUGCUGCUAGCAUCAGUUCUAUCAGCACUGGAGAGUAUUUCUUGGAAAGUAGAGCAAAAAACAGCACUGAAGACUUUUCUUGAUGGAAAAGUUGUUUUCUUCUCCCGACUGACUUCAGCAAGAGUUUGACUACGUAUGGUUCAUUGAUCUGAUUGGUUGAACUUUGGUUGAACUGAUAGUGACAGUGACAGAAGAUAGUAUUUUUUGAAAGUGCCUGCCCUUCUCCCAACAGUUUCCAAUGACAACUUCCUACAUGGUCCUGUGUAACAAACCAUCUGCCGCAGUCAGGUUAUUGCUUGAGAUCAUUUUUGUUAUUUUUCACCUGAUUGAUGUAUUUUCCACAUUAUAAUACUGUCUUCUCACCUGGUACUUUUAACAUUCUUCCCUUAAUAAAUAAUAAUAAAUGUUAAGUCCUGAGUGACUGCACUGUCUGGUUUUCAGCAGAUAGCUGUCAGGGUUAGGUGACAACACAUUUGAGGUGCAAAAUCUGAAGAUGCAAUUGUGAUUGAAAUCAUGUUGGUUCUUACUACAUACUGCACUUUUAUGAUGUAAAUGAUGGAAGUGAAACUGCAGAAUACAACUCACUUCAUCUAGAUAUGAACCCCAGUCCCCCUCUCCCCAAUUACUGCUCCAUUCAUGCAUCACACUUUCAGUCGUAGUGAUGACUGCUGCAGGCCGCCAGCCAUUAAAAGAAUAUUUACACACUUUCUGCUCUUGCCCAUCAGCUAAUAAUGAUGUUCUCACAGCAGGUGACAAUGAGCCAUAAAUAAAGGCUGUAGAAGAGAGCUCAGCUGCUCAACUUCCAACCAUGGAAGCAGGGAAAGUGGAUGAGAGAUAGGUCAGUGCCUGGAGCCUCUGCUGUUCUCUCAUUUCUCUUCCCUUUCUCUUGUCUUAUCUAUUCCUCUUUCAGCCAUUCUAAGCUCCACGUUUAGAGCACUAAAUCCUGAUUUUGAAUAUGGCAGCUCUCCUGUCAGGGUCUGAGUAUUUGAGAAUGUGAUAGGGCACUUGCUAACAAGCUUUGAUUAGCAGGCUUUAACGGGAUCUGUGCUUAUCUGGCUACUACAGUCCUGUCUGUUCCACAGUGAACACCUUUUAGACAAAUGAAAGAGCGGGAGGGGAACACUGGGAAGUUGACACAUGUUGCUCAGAUCUAGUGACACAGUUCCUCUUGUGUAUUCAGAACAUCUGUUAUGCUCACAGUUCUCGCCUUGAUCACAAACCUUUUUUAUAGCCACACUGACUCCUAUUGGCUGUGGCAAUGCCUGACCAAUUACUGUAUGGACUGUCAUGAAAUUUGUUACAGAUAUCCACGAUGCUCAGAAGAGGGGCAAGAACUGAAUGCUCCAUGUCUACAGCCAUUACUAUUUUCAGUUAAGCUAGUUAGCCACAUAUUUAACCCAACAGUUCCACUGAUGACAAUAAUAAUCAACAUUAAUAUUCAGGGAAUAUACAUAUAGCUGUGACGACCCUCUGAGCAGGUCUCUCCCUCACAGAGCCUGGUGGGUAGAGUCGGGUAAUCAGCCAGAUUAAGUUCACCUGGUCUGGUGGCUGGACUAUAUAGGCUGGAGGUGGGUUGUGAGAUAGCUAUAUAUCAUUAUAAUUCAAUUUCCAUGGAGAAAACAAAUGUGAACAGAACAGAAAUCAUAUUGGAGUGUUUACAAAUGCAUAGGUUAGAAAUCAGACAUUCAAAUUUUAAUUAAACAACAGCCAAUCAAAAAUGUCCAACAAUAAGAUAUCAUUAAUUGUUCCAAUGAAAGACAGGAGCUGUGUAUAGAGGGCCUGUAGGAAUUCCCGCUCAACUACUGGGGAUAUGUUUUUGGUAAGGUAAGAAGAAUCAGACGAGAUAUAAUGGGCGCACAUUCGAAAAGGGUUGAACCACCCAGGAACAUCAAAGUUCAGGAGGUGCUUAACGUGGAUUUUCAUGUUGGCUUUAAAUAUGGCGUUAUUUUAGCAGAUCUUUUGACAGUUUUUUCAUUCAAGCAACUUAAAUCGUUUUAUUCAUAGAACUAAAGAUGUUUAAGACUUUAAAGUUUAUGAUGAGACAAAACCGCUGCAGAACAGUUGCAGUGGUGAAGAAUGUUUGAGAAUUGUUUAUUAUGACUGUACAGUUUGUGUAAUUAUGUGAAACAUAGUGUGCAGUAAAUAAUAAUAAAACAAUAAUAACUGAAUUGAUGUUAGACAAUAAGUUGGUUUCACCCCUUCUAAAUGUGUAACCACGGCAAUAUCACUGCGUUCACGGUGUAUCCGUGAACGCAGAAAUGUAAGAGAAAUGAAUGCUUUCAAGAGGAGGAAAGUCAUCCAUGGGUUAUAGACUGUGUUCCAAAUGAUUAUGCAAAUAUGAUUUCAAUUAAAAAAACAUUAGAUUUUUUGUUUUUCAAUGAAAGUUUUCAAUUGUGCUGCUUCCCAUGUCUGUUUAGAUCACUGACAUCAAUCUCAGACAGGUCUGUCUUUAUUAGUUUGCCAGAUGUGCCUAAUUAAUGGGAAACUACUUAAGGAUGUUGUUCCACAUUAUUAAGCAAGUCACAGGUUUCAUGCAAUAUGGGGGAAAAAAAGAUCUUUCUGCAGAUGAAAAGUAUGAAAUAGUGCAUUUAAAUAGGUAUGAAACCACUGGAUAUUUUCCGAAAUAUUAAGAGAGAUCAUCGUCCUAUGAAAAGAUUUGUGUCUGAUUCAGAGCGCAGACGGGUUCGUUCAGAUAAAGGCGUGUUAAGGAAAGUUUCUGUAAGGCAAAUUCAUAGUAUUAAGUGAGCAGCUGUGAAAAAGCCACUGAUGGGUAGUAAAAAAGGUAUCUGUAGUUGUUGGCGACCGAAAUACACCUUUAUGUACAUCAGCAAGCCUCUGGAGUCCCAAGAUCCAAGCUGUGUUUCGGCCACCCUUAAACAAUGCCCACAAGGAGACAUGAUUGCAGUGGGCUAAGACUAAUUGUCUAACAGUUUUAUUCACUGAUGUAUGCCGUGCUCCACUGGAUGGUCCAGAUGGAUGGAGUUCUGGAUGGCCACCAUGUCCCAACAAGGCUGUGACGUCAGCAAGGAGGUGGUGAAGGGAUGUUUUGGGCUGGAAUCAUGGGAAGUGAGCUGGUACGCCCAUUUAAGGUGCCUGAGGGUGUCAAAAUGACCUCUGCAAAAUAUGUGGAGUUCCUAACUGCCCAUUUCCUGCCAUGGUAUAAAAAGAAGAACCAUGCCUUCCGGAGUAAAAUCAUUUUCAUGUAAGACAACGCACCAUCCCAUUGUUGCAACAAAUACCAUUGAGGCCUAGGCUGCUAUGGGCAUUAAGGGAGAAAGAAUCACGGUGUGGCCACCAUCAUCUCAGCCUCAACAGCGGCUCUGGGAGGCAACUCGGGCAUCCUCAAAGGAAAUACAGGCAGAAACUGUACAUGGACUUACAAGUUCAAUGGAUGAGAGAGUUGUUAAUGUGGUAUCAAAGAAGGGCUCCUAUGUUAAUAUGUAACUCGAUCUUUAAAGAUGUUUUUGAUUUAAAUAGCUUUAAUUUGAGAAAAAUGAUCCCCUCUAAUGCAAAAAAUACAACAGAUUUCGGUUUUCAAUCCUUUAGAAACUAUUACCGUUUUGUUGAACAUGUUUUUAGAAAAUAUGAAAUAAAAUAAAAUCUAUUUAUAUAUCCAGCA